AAAAGGCAGCUUAUAAAGUAGCUUAAUAACGAUCCUCGUGUGCAAUUGUGCAAUGGCUUUGUUUAUUUGGCCUUGACCGACGAUAUGUUGUGGGUAACGUCGUUCCCGCCAAGCAUAUGUUCGUCUAUUAACGAGGUUACGCGCGAUUGCCAUUACAAAACGAAUGUACGGGGUGUGCGGGAACUUACAUUUCAUUUAAUGAAUUUGAAACGUGUCGCUAGCCGCGUUGCAAACUUACCGCACCUUUUUUUUGUCUAAGAAAUCCAUAUUCGGUCCGAUGGCAGACGCGGAUCUUUAUUCAACUAAUACGGUUUAUUCGAAUUAACAUGCCAUUCGAUGUUUUUGCUGUUUGGAAAUCGUCAUUUCGUUCGUUUCGUUCAAAAACACAUCGAACGAAAACUUACUUCGGUCUGUGGCAGGUGACGUCAUGGCCAUCAUUAGCGCAAAAUUAAGCCUUGACGCGCCUUUUCUACCGGUAAUAUCACAAAACUCAGCGACAGAUAAAAAGGUUCGUGACAUUUUGCUUAAUAGGUCUGCAAUUUUUGCCGACCUGAUUUAUAUUUUUAGAACAAAUCGAAUGGGGGGCGAAAUCCUCGACGCCCAUCCGAUCGAUAUUCGAACUAUUAGGAUAAACGGUUGCUCAAUACAUCAAUAUCCGGACCAUUUUCUAACUUGCGCUAAUUUAUGUCUACUAUACAAAACUAAUUUUAUACAUUUUUUGGGUCAACGAGCAAACAUACGGUCCGAGAAUUGUCCCUGUAGUCAAGGAUAUUAAUCUUGCGCGUAUAAAAAUGGUCUGAAUUAAACGCCCACCAACACCAUGGCUUCCGGCGACGGAUGUUGUAGGAUUUCCGUCAUCAAGGCGAUCCUCUACGCCUAUCAGUUCGUUUUUUUGGUGACUGGCUUGGGGAUAUGUUCGGUCGGCGUGUGGAAGUUCCUGACGACUUACCACUACUUCAACGCGUCGGAUAUGCAUUCGUACGCGGCGGUGCUCUAUUUGUUUAUAAUUACGGGUUGCCUAGUCAUAUGCGCGUUCACGUUUGGAUGCUGUGCGAUACCGAAGAAUAGGACGAAGCUGAUAUUUUGUUUUAUCUUAAUCCUGGUGUUCGUGUUUUUGAUGGAAUCUCUCGUUGCGAUGCUGGCGUACGUCUAUCAGCACAGCAUCGAAGAGGACGUGCGUGUUCGGCUAAACUCGUCGUUACUUAACGACUACAAUUUGGCUCGAGACAAAACCAGGUCGAUCGAUAUUGUCCACCAAGAAUUAAAAUGUUGCGGCGCCCAGACAUUUUCCGACUGGAAGUACAGCGAGUGGUUGGAAAACGCAUCGCUGCCGAACAAAGUUCCCGAUUCGUGUUGCAAAACGGUGUUGCCGGAUUGCGGCGUUCGCGAUCACCCGUCGAAUAUAUUUCGCGCGGGUUGCGAGGAGAAGGUGGCGUACGCGUUGAAGUUUAGCCUCUGGAUAAUGUGCGCCGUAUGUCUCGGGGUCAGCGUCGUCCAAGUCAUCGGCGUUGUUUUCAGUAUUAAGCUGUUCCUCAAGUUGGAAUUGAUCGACAGGAAUUACAACCCGCAGUUUAACGGAAACGAAUCCCUGGUGUCGACGUUUUGAAAUCGUCGCAUAUGGUAGGGAGGAGUUUAUAGUGCCUUCAUAGUUCGUCUAGUCACAUGAAUUAUAUUAUAGACGAGUAAAUGUCUAAAGCUGUCGCUUUUUCCUGUUUGAGUCGACGUUUUUUUCAUUGUUUUUCGU